AUGGGGGAUGCUGUUGUUUCCCAGUUUUCCUCGUCUCCCUGGGCAGCAGCCUUGAUCAACGACCCCAAAUGGACUCUUACGAGCACAGCCUCACGAUUGCCAAAGCCUUCAGGAGAGGACUCUUUCAUCGCGGAAACCCUCGCCACAAAUCGCACAGUACGAGCCCUAUUGACGCUUAGACCGACGAAGGAAGAUGAUGACGAUUUUCCGUAUAAGGAGGUGGUGACGAUCUUAGAUCUGGGUGAUGGGUUGGACGGACACUCACGGAUCGCUCACGGCGGGUUCGUGGCCACGAUGCUCGAUGAGGUCUGCGGUGUACUUAUUAUACUCAAUCAAGAAAAGAAGAUGCAACGGUUGAGAGACCUGGGCCAGCUGGAUGCAAACACUAGAAUGAGCUCCUUUACUGCUUAUCUGAAUACAAAUUACAAGAGGCCUGUUCCUACGCCAGGUAUCGUUCUUUGUACGGCCAAAUUCGAGCGCCAGGACGGCAGAAAGCUAUACGUUCGUGCGACUAUCGAAGACGGUAUGGGGACUGUUUUCACAACGGGAGAAGCUAUGUUCGUUGAAGUCAAGGUCAAAUUAUGA